GGGGGAGGGGCGCCCCGCCCCGUCCGUGCAUCCGGCUCCGCCCCUUGCUGGAAAGGCUACGUAUUCAGCUCUGGAGGUGCCAUCCCGGGCCGCGACUCCGCUCCAGGGAGGACCCCCAACCCACCCAGCCCGCUCCACCUUGCGCCCCGGACCCGCGGCCGACCCCAGACCCACUGCCCGCUUCGCGCCCGAGGCCUGCGCCCCGACGGACGCCCGUGCCCAGCUUGCCACGCCCACGCCCGGCGCCCGGACCGCGGAGGGCUCCCCGAGGUGCCGGCGGAGGGGUUGGCUCACGGCUCAGGCUGCCCCCGACCUGCCCGGCUCACCGCCCCCUCCCCUGCAGCCCCGCCCGCCAUGGCCCGGAUCCCGACAGCCGCCCUGGGUUGCAUCAGCCUCCUCUGCCUGCAGCUCCCUGGCGCGCUGUCCCGCAGCCUGGGCGGGGACCCGCGUCCCGUCAAACCCAGGGAGCCCCCAGCCCGGACCCCUUCCAGCAGCCUGCAGCCCAGGCACCCCGCACCCCGACCUGUGGUCUGGAAGCUUCACCAGGCCCUCCAGCCACAGAGGGGUGCUGGCCUGGCCCCUGCUAUGGGUCAGCCUCUCCGGGAUGGUGGCCGCCAACACUCGGGCCCCCGAAGACACUCGGGCCCCCGCAGGACCCAAGCCCAGCUCCUGCGAGUGGGCUGUGUGCUGGGCACCUGCCAGGUGCAGAAUCUCAGCCACCGCCUGUGGCAACUCAUGGGACCAGCCGGCCGGCAGGACUCAGCUCCUGUGGACCCCAGCAGCCCCCACAGCUAUGGCUGAGGUGGGGCCGGGCCACACCCCUGCCCAUCCCAGCCAGGGUGCUGUGCCCCCGUCCAGAGCUGCAGCUGAGCCCCAUCUGAAGCCCAGUCCCUCGGAGCUGCAGACAGCAGGUUCUGCAGCAACAACACCUGCAUGGCUUUGCACACGUAAACCCUCGCACACCUGUGGACCCAGGCUGGUCUACAUGCAGUGCUGGUACGUCAAGGAGCCUAAACACCCUGAAAUUGUGAAUCCUUGGGGGACAGCUGCCAGACACAGCUGGCGGCAGCACCAGAUGCUAAAAAGCGCUUCAGAGAGGAGGUGUCUGCCCAGAGACGUGGAGCAGAAGCUGGGCUCUGAACACACAGGGCCAUGUCUGGACGAGCAGGGGAGAGAGGCUGAAUUGGCCAGAAGCGGCCCCUCCGCUGCUGGUCCAGUCAGACUGAAGCCCGGCCUUGUGCCUGGGCUGUUCCUGUUCUCAUGCACAACCAGCCCUUCCACGUGCCUGCCUGGCCCGGGGUCCCAGCCUCUCUUGGCGUCCCAGCCUCUCCCUCCCUAUGCCUGUGGGACAGGAGGGGGAGCGUGGGAUGCUGUAGCCCCCUGGGGUUGGGCAAGGGAAAGAUGGUGGCCCUCCAGAGGUCAUGAAGGGACCUCUGUGGCUCCAGCUGUCAAUCCUGGAGCCCAGACUGAGGUGACCAUGGAGACUCCACCUGGAUCCCCUGUGGAGGCCAGGGAGGGGAACUUAGCAGUUUAGGAGCCACCCCAAAUCAUUCUGGGACAGGGACACCCCUUCCUACCGCAGGGCAGGGCUGGGUGGGGCAAGAUCCCCCAGCCCGAAUAGACCCACCCCACCUGAAGGGUGUGAGACCCUUGCUGGCAGCCAGACAAGGGUGGGGCUCCACAGGCAGCACAGGCGCCCCACCACCACCCAGUGUGGGGACCCAGUGGGACCAGGUGUGGGGGCAGCAGGUGACUUACCAAGAGCCAGGGAGGGCAGCCCAGGCCCAAAUGACAGCAAGAACAAGGACCACCGCCAGCGUGCAUGGACUUGGUGUGUGUCCUUCCCGAGGGGGACGGGGGACUCACACGUGAGUGCCACUCGAGCCUCCCAGUCAUCCAGCAGAACAUGGGGUUCAGAAAGGGCUCCUUCUGCUACUUAGCAAACACUCAGCAUUUAAUUUGCAAAUGUUUCCUAGGGUCACCCUCUCGGCCAUCCCACGAGGGUCGCCGUGAUCACCCCAACUCUAGAGGCCUCAGCAGAGCUCAGGACAUUCCCCCACAGAGCUUGCCCCUCAGCUCCUACCUCCAAGGGGGAGGGUCCUGGACGCGCCCACCCAGGCGCCGCCCGUGUGCUUGCUCCCCAAGCUCAGGGAUCGCCGGGUCCAGGUAACUGACCUGUGCUCCACGAGGCCCUGUGGGAACAGUCCAGGCUGGUCCUGCCCUGUGGAGGCCUCUGUGCACUGAGAGAUGUACUAGGAUUGCAGCAGAGGUGGUCAGGGUGGUGGGCCGCACAGCGAGGCAGUCAAGGCCGGCUCCCUGGGAAAACCACUGGGUCAGGUGAGGUCUGAGGGUAGCAGGCCUUCCCUAGGGGAAGGAGCUGGGAGUGCCAAGGCCCCAGGUGCACAGGAGGCGUGGCUGCUGAGAGGCUGCAGGGUGGAGGGGCCUCGGCCUCAGAGUCAUGUGCCCUGUGACCACUGAAGGGUGUCAGCAGAGCACAGGGCAUGAGGACAGAGGGAGGGGCAUAUGGAGUCAAGGAGGGGGCCCCGGGGCAAGGCUGGGGGGCCAGGAGCUCAGCGUCCACUACUCAGCCCAGCCAGAACCCUCCCAGACGUCUCCUCUCCUGCCUGGGCAAAGUCCAGCUUGGCACCCCGUCUGGGGCCUGCCUGUGGUCAGGGCCAAGUGUUCCCUCCUCCAGGAAAGGCUUCACCCUCCUCAUGCCCUGUGGUCAGGAGGCCGCCUGCCGUGACCCUCUGCAUCGCCUGGGGUGCGAAAUCAGACCCACCUGACACCCUCACGCGGAGGCCCAGCAGCACCUGCACCCAUCCCCGCCUUCCCCAGCAACCACUUCCAGCUGCUCUGUCCAAAACCUCCGCUCGACUGGGCCCCGUGGCUCACACCUGUAAUCCCAGCACAUUGGGAGGCCAAGGCAGGCACAUCACCUGAGGUCAGGAGUUCAAGACCAGCCUGGCUAACAUGGUGACAUCCCGUCUCUACUAAAAAUAGAAAAUUAUCUGAGCGUGGUGGCACAUGACUGUAAUCCCAGCUACUCAGGAGGCUGAAGCAGGAGGAUCACUUGAACCUGGGAGGCAGAGGCUGCAGUGAGCUGAGAUUGCACCAUUGCACUCCAGCCUGGGCAACAAGAGCAAAAUUCUGUCUCAAAAAAAAAAAUAGUAAUAAUACAAAAAUUAGCUGGGCGUGGUGGCACAUGCCAGUAAUUCCAUCUACUUGGGAGGCUGAGGCAGGAGAAUCGUCUGAGCCCAGGAGGUGGAGGUUGCAGUGAGCCCAGAUCGCACCGCUGCACUCAAGUCUGGAUGACAGAGCAAGACUCCGUUUCAAAAAACAACAAAAAACAAAAAACCUCCUCUCUUCCUUCACACCUUCCUCUGAAUCCUGCCGGGUCCCACCUCCUGAACCUAUCCAGACACCCUCUCCUGACCCAGGCACCACCUGCUUUGGGGGCGAUGGCCGUAGCCUCCUCCCGGGCGCCCGUCUCCAUCCUUCUGGCCAGUGCACGCUGAGCACGUGACCUACGCUUGUUGGGACACGUGAGGAUACAGCCUUGACCCCCAGGGGCUGACAUUCUAGGGGGAGAUAGAAGGAGACAAACGUAGAAGGUAGAAUAAGUGGGUGGUGGAGUGUCAGGGAGUGCUGAGUGCCACGGGAAGUCAGACAAGGAAGGAGAGUGUGGGGCAGGUGCCAUUUAAAUGGGGAACGCUGGGGUCUCCUCACAGUUCUUUCUCAGCUCAGCUGCGCCAGGAUCUUGUUGAGUCAGGUCAGCUCCCCACAGCCCUCUUGCCUGACCCCUGAAGCCCAGAACUCUGAUCUUCACAGCCCUAGGUAUGGCCCCAGCACCCCACUGCCCUCUCUCCUGCCCCAGCCGACUGCUGUUCCCAGACUUCCUUGGCCACGCUCCAAGACGCCAGCUCUGCUGCGGGCACUUUGUUCUCACGGUGUCCUCCGUGCCUACAGGGCCCAUGCAUGGGAAGUUGCGUUGGCGGCCUGGGUGUUGGUGGUUCCGUGCCUGCUCCGACUCUCUGUGAGGCCCCUCUCCCAGAGCCUGACACGCUCUGUGGCCAAACUGUAGGCAGGUGCCCCUGAGUCCUUUCCUCGACGAGGCCUGACCCCAUCCCCAUCCUCACUGGGCCCGCCGACCCCGGUGUGAGCAAGAAUCCUGCUAAAUCAGUUUAUGGAGAAUUACCCACCCUCGAUAUCUGAUCCCAUUCCUCAUCUCCCACCCUUGAUCUCAUCACCCUGCCGGCCUCCUGCAAGAUCCUCAUUGAGCCACUCCAGUGAGAACCCCCCUAUCCUCCAAGGCUCCCAUAGCAACUUCCCAUCCGCUGACCCCUCCAAGCCAUCAAUCUCCAGCUGUGGUUGUUGAAUUCGGAGGUGAGCUCCUCUCACCACUCUCUUGAAUAAAGCUUUUCUCACCAUUUUAACAA